AUGCCUUACAGGUUAGACACGCACGUCUUGACCGUGGACGCCAACGUGAUCCACAAGGUCGACACUGCAAAUCCAGCCAACCUCUUUAGCAUGUGGACGGUCUUCUCACGCUGCGCCGACUCCGUUGAACAGGGCCGCAGACUUGAAAACCUGAGCUGGCGCCUUUGGCAAAGAGAGCAGCUCGUUGACAACGGAGGCAAACCCCUCCCAGCCACCGCUCCCGAAGCCGUCACCACCACCCAAGCCCUGCCCCAAAACUUCCUUGCCGAGACCAAGCUGCCCGAGGUCCCCGAGCUCUCUGGAAGCGUCGAGUCGCUCCAUGACGACGAGGCUGUCGAGUUCACCUCCGUAUCCGCGCCUCUCGAGAUCCGCCCCAGGAUACGAAGACUCGACUCGUCGACCAGCAGCCGAAGCAAGCGAGACCGCCACAUUAGCUCCGACGACUUCGAGAAGAUGAUUGUGUCGAUUGUCAAGGACAAGACACCGCUCUCUGCACCCACGCAAACCUCUAUCCCCAUGCCGCCGCACAAGAGCCUACCUCUCCCGUCGCCGUCCAAGAACUCGGACCACCAUUCGGAGGCUUCGCACCCUUCGCCGCUACCCCAGCAGGCCACCAAUGUCGUCCGAGGAUUCUCCCCUUCCCGGACCUCCAUCUUCUCCCAGUACCUCCAAGCCCCCGCGUCCGACGUCACCAUUCCCGAGCCCAGCUCUUCUCCCGCCCCUCGGCUUGUGCAGCCUAAGAAGCAGCCGGCCAAGUUUGCUCUCGGAGGAUCUUGCUCGCCAAGCGAGCAGGGCCAGAGCGUCGAGAACCUGAAGCCCAUCCCCGCCGUCGCCGGCAAGAAGCCAAUGUUUCAGAUCGGUGGUUCCUCCGAAGAAGAGGGCUCCCUCAAGAGUGCCUUUCUCUCCCCGCGACCCGCCUCUGGCCUAGGGGCGCCCAAGAAGCAGACGUCUUUUAGCAACCAUGUCGCGACUUACACCAUUGGCCAGAGCGACCCAGCCGUCGACUCCGACACCGAGUACGUCGAUGAGAGUGCCAUUGAUGAUGACGACGACUCAUCCGACUGGGAGGACUCGGUCGAGGACAGCGGCAAGUCGAGCGUCGACGACAAGUUUUUCCAGCGCGUUCCGUCCAAGGCCAACCUGACUUCGCGACCAUCGCUCAUCACCCUCAUGUUGGCGCAAAACGAGCGAGCCAAGAACCUGGGCAACCAUGCUUCGCAGUCGACGUCUGCCAUCCCCAGGUCGCGCGCAGGACCGAGUGCCCCGUCGCUGGGCGGCUCCCCCAACGACUCGGACGAGGCCCCCCUCAUGAUGAAGGGCACGCAUCACUCGACGUUGAAGCCCAUCAGCGAAAUCCCUCGAUCGACCGCUCAACCCAUUGCCGUCACGGUCAGCCGCGCCUCGGCUCAGGCUGCCCUCUCGCCGCGCACCACGCGCCGGAACAUGCUCGCCACGGAGUUGACCGAGUCCCUCCGACGCCAUCUCCUUUGGGAGCGCCAGCAAAAAUCGUCGACGGCCAACGCGGUCUUGAAACGGCGCCACACUUCGCAUGACGUGGCCAACUUGAAGCAAUUCCCGGAGAAGCCCUGCCUGAAGAAGGCUGAGGACGACGACGCCACCAGCUGGAACCAGUACUUCUCCAGGGAGGCGCUUCACGGAUACCAUUCCAAGGGCUGGUGA